CCGAGCAACCCCCAGCUCACUCGCAAGCCUGCCCUUCUCGCCAUCUUACUCACUGGCACGUUCGAAACCCUCGUUCACCUCCUCCAAGCUGAUCACCUCCGCGACAACCUUGAAUCCAAAGGGCUGUUGUGUGACCGGCAAACACCCGAUCCUUGGGAGCACGGCGGGCGACUGAACGGCCACAGAUCGGACGGGCCGUUGGUACACCACUUCCGGGCUCCGACGGCUCAGUGCGCCUGCGCCCAACUACGGCACGGAAUAAGUUUCUUGUAGUCGCGUUCACGGUGAGCCAAUCACAGAACGGCGUCGCUCUGACUCAAGCCAAUCAGCUCUCGGAGGAGAGGGUUUAACUCCUACUUUAAAAGGAGAACCUUUGACUUGUAACGGCUCAGCUACCGGGAUCGCUUGGAGGCUUCGGUCAGAAGCAGGAACCUGCCCGUGGGUGACAUGGACAGAUGUAAAGAAAACUGUGUUUCCAGGCCUGUCAAGACCACAGGGCCCUUUGGUCCGAAACGAGUCUUGGUGACUGAGCAGAUUCCUUCUCAGAACCUAGGAUUGGCUAGCAGUGGCCAGGCCCAGCGGGUCCUGUGUCCUUCCAAUUCUGCCCAGCGUGUCCCUUCGCAAGCACAGAAACUUGUCUCAGGUCAGAAGCCAGUGCUAAAGCAGCUACCAGCUGCUAACGUUCCUCGACCUGGCUCCCGGCUCAGUAACCCACAGAAGAGCGAACAGCCACAGCCCACGGCCUCUGGAAAUAAUUCUGAAAAGGAACAGGCAUCAAAACAGAAAACUGAAGACUCAAAAAAGAGGCAGUGGACUUUGGAAGACUUUGACAUUGGUCGCCCACUAGGUAAAGGGAAGUUUGGAAAUGUCUAUUUGGCGAGGGAGAAGCAGAGCAAGUUUAUCCUGGCCCUGAAGGUGCUGUUUAAAACGCAGCUGGAGAAAGCAGGCGUGGAGCACCAGCUGCGAAGAGAAGUGGAGAUACAGUCCCACCUGCGGCACCCCAACAUCCUCCGGCUGUAUGGAUAUUUCCAUGAUGCAACCAGAGUUUAUCUGAUUCUAGAAUAUGCGCCUCUUGGAACAGUCUAUAGAGAGCUCCAAAAACUCUCCAAGUUUGACGAGCAAAGAACAGCCACUUACAUCACCGAGUUGGCAAAUGCUCUGUCCUACUGUCAUUCAAAGAGAGUCAUCCACAGAGACAUUAAGCCGGAGAAUCUGCUUCUUGGGUCAAACGGAGAGUUGAAGAUCGCAGACUUUGGAUGGUCUGUACAUGCACCAUCUUCCAGGAGGACCACACUGUGUGGCACCCUGGACUACCUGCCCCCGGAGAUGAUUGAAGGCCGAAUGCACGAUGAGAAGGUGGACCUCUGGAGCCUGGGUGUCCUCUGCUAUGAGUUCCUAGUCGGGAUGCCUCCUUUCGAGGCCCACACUCACCAGGAGACCUACAGGCGGAUCUCACGGGUUGAAUUCACAUUCCCUGACUUUGUGUCAGAGGGAGCCAGAGACCUCAUUUCAAGACUGUUAAAACACAACGCAAGCCAGAGGCUAACACUAGCAGAAGUCCUUGAGCACCCCUGGAUCAUAGCUAAUUCCUCAAAACCUUCAACGGGCCACAAAAGCAAAGAGCCAACUAGCAAAUCAUCUUAGGGAAUCUGACACCUUGGGUACUGUGCAACUGUGAGAAACAGCCCAGAGACCUCCCAGACCAUCAUCUGCCUUCAGUGCACCUUGCUGAGCAGGCAGUCCUAGGCCUUGCAUCCAGGAAGCCCCACCUGAGCACUCCAAGGACCAUGCUGCUUUUUCCUGACUCAGUAAUCUA